AUGGGUACCCAAAAUGGUGAGGAUUGUUUCGGAUGGGCAGCUAGAGAUGAUUCAGGAAUUCUUUCCCCCUACAGUUUCAGCCGCAGGUGGACUUACCUACGGUUUUAUGGUCUUUCCCCUUUGAUCUUGCAAAGAAAAGGCAGCUGCUUCAUUGACAGUCCUUUCAUGCAUUUAAAUUAUCAGAUAGAAUUUAUUUUGGUAGACGCUAAUGUUUUCUUAAAGUGAACGAUAAAUAUGUUUAUAUAUGUAUUGAUAUGCGUGGUCAUUGGAAACUGGUGAGUGUUCAUCUUGCUAAAGUUCGUACCACUUUUUACUUGGAAAAUAUUCUAGUAUCAUAUUUUGCAUUCUUUUUUUCCUUUAGAGCAUUCUUGGUUGCUUGGAUCUGAUGCUUUGAGGUUAAAGCAAAAACUAUCACAAAUGUGGAAGAUCCGUCGCUCAAAUCCUGAUGAUCUAAAUAGGAACAUCACCAAGGGGAGUUAGAGAGAUAAAUUGACUAGUUAGUCUGAUGAGGGCCAAAUGAUCAGGAGUAAACGGUAAGACUUGUGAAUUCUUUUCUGGGUAUUGAUGGGUCUUAUGAUUCAAGAAUUGGCUUAGAUUUCGGUCAAAACGAAUAGAAGUCACCAUAAACGUGAAAAAAGUAAAAUAGAAGAUUAAUUGGCACAGCUGAAUUUAUUGUCAAUUUAAACCAAAAGAAAUUGGAUGUACGUGCUUAUGAUGAUUCCUUGAGGUGAAGUUGAUUUUUGACCAGUGAAAAGGCAUCAAGAUGCUGAUUCACGUUGAAAUACUUUCUCCUGAGGUCUUAGUGUGAAUGGUCGGGGGCAGGGGAGUGGAUAGGUAUAGAUUCGUCUUCAAGACAUAAUUAAGCAUUUUCAAGAAACAUGAAAAAUUAAAAAAAAGACGCACCAGAGAACGAAAUUAUGAUCGCGUGGCUUCUUUUUUUUCAUCUAACCCCCCAAGGAGAUGUUUUGUGCCUUUGACUUUUACUGCAGUAUCUGUUGUCUCCAGAGUUAGCAUUACUGUGGUGUUGGAGACGCUUAUUGGCUUGUGACAUGAUGAAGCAUGCGUUAGCUUUCAUGAAAUUUCUUGUCUGGGUUAAGAAAUCAAUAUAUUUUCUAAAAUUCUCUAGAAGAAACGUAAUUAGAUGCUCUCAACCUGUUGAAAAUUUUUAGAAUGAGAUUUUUUUAGGGUAUGAAUUUUCAUUCUGAAAGCACUUGAAUGAAUUAAUCCAUUUAUUUCAUGUUGUAAAAAUAUUGUAGGGUGCUGGGGCCUGACGAUGUCUCAUUAAGAAUAACUCAUUGUGGUGUUUGCUAUGCUGAUGUUAUCUGGACAAGGAACAAACUUGGGAAUUCGAUAUAUCCUCUGGUUCCUGGGUAUGUUCUCUAUCACUACAGUGGGAAUUUUCAGGACAUUAUCCAAUAGCCAUACAUCUGUGUGAUAAUAGACAGCUCUGAAGAGCUUGGAAUUCCGAGAAUAAUUAUAUCAUACCUGUCCUUUUGGGAGUAUAUUUAAUUGUGUGCCACGAUUUAACGAAUAUAUUAAAAAAAAAUCAUAAGAGUUGGCUUUGGCUUCUCAGUCUUAAGGUUUUUUUUAACAAUGCUGAAAUAUACCUUUCAAAAAACAAAAGAAAAAAGUUUCAACACCUGCAUAGUAGCAAGUAGUGAACAUAGUAGAAAAUGAGAUACCAAAACGCCGUUCACAAAAUCAAUCAUUUUAUGAAUGGAAAAUGUCAAUCAUUUCGUCCACUUGUCAGUUUGGUGGAUCAGUUCCACGAAUAUCCUUCUUAAGAUGGAAUAUCAACAAUGAAAACUAGAAUUCCAUGCUUUGCUGAUUGUGUUUUUUUGAUGAGAAGUUUAAAAUUCAUGAUGCCACUGACGUUUAAAAUCCAGUGAGAUGAAUCUCUUGUAAUAGCAUGUUUGUUCAUAUAUUCAUUGGAACAUCUAGUCUAUAUAUUUAUCAUGCCAAAACUGUAAACAUCAGCUAAUAUAGAGCUCAAAUUAUGUCUCAUUGUACAAUACUUGAAUUGGCUUUUUUGUGGUCUCAUCAAUGGACUUCUUGGGAACAUGAAAUGCAAAUGACUCGGCUAGUUUUACAGUAUGGGCUGCAGAAAGAUUUGGCCUCAUAUAUGUUAGCCGUAGAAAUAUUUUCUGCUUGAUAACUUUUUGCUUUUAUAUUCCGUUCUUGGGGUCGGCAGGAGAACACCUAAAACAUUUAUCACUUUUUUCUACUAUUCAAUUCGAAAGAUGACCCAAGCAUAUCUUUGAUUAUGAAAUUAUUCUUGCCUAAACCUUGCUAUUUUAGUUUAAAAGUUGCGUCUUCAUAGAAAUAUUUUAAUACCAUUGUUAAUUCCCAUAAUAAUAGCGUUCUGCAGCUUUCUUAGGAAUGUAGUUUGGGUUGAGACACACAAUAAUAAAUAUUAUUCAAUUUUUUCAUAUUUUUAUUUUAUUUCUUGAUCAUGAAAUUAUCUUUCAAUGUAUUUCCUACUCUCAUAGAAAUUUAUUUGGGUCAAGACUGCUUUAUUUGAUGAGAUUCUUAAUGUUACCUGCAUCCACGACAUCAAUACUAUUUCUUUACCACGAGAAAACUAAGCAUUGCUUUAGAGUGUUUUCUAUUUGUUACAUGUGAAGUUGACGACUUAUAUUGAUGUCCACAUAUCACCACUUGGUGACAUUCAUAAUCAAAGAAACAGUUUAGUCAUAUGAUCAAUCUGUUGUUCAAUUACCUUUUCGAGCUGAUACUACCGGUCUAAGUUCUUCUUUGUCAAAGAUUAUCAAACGGAAAAGUUGACGUAGAUUUUAUCCACUAGGCAUGAGAUUGUAGGCAUCGUAAAGGAGAUUGGAUCCAAUGUCAAGACUUUCAAACCGAACGAUCAUGUUGGUGUUGGAACGGUUGUGAAUUCCUGUAGACAAUGCGAGUGCUGCGAUGGUGGACUUGAAGUUUAUUGCUCACAGAAUGUUCAUACGUUUAAUUCCAUUGAUGCGGAUGGCACAAUCACAAAGGGUGGAUACUCCAGCUAUAUCGUCGUUCAUGAGAGGCAAGUGGCUCCUAAUGAUCCAAUUUCGUGUUUUGGGUAUAUGAUUAAACCGCAUGUAUCAUAGAUAAAAACUUGCAAUAGUGUGGCAAUCAUGCAGAAAUAAAUCAUUUUGGAAUUUUCAUGCAGAAAUCUAUCUAGCCAUGAAUAUUGUUAUGCUGUAGCGUUGAGAUGGUGUCUUCUUCUCUGAAAACUUUUGGGUUCAGACCCAAAGCCCAACAUUUGAGGAAUUAAUUGUUAUUUAUGACUUUCUGGAAAAUAGAGCAUUAAAGAAAUAUUAGGGUCUUUUUAGAUUGACAAAUAAGUUGUAUGGUUUUCUUGCACACCUUUCAUUCACAAAUAGGUUCUAUGCGACUAUGUUCCGUAAUUAUUAUCAUUGUCUUUUUCAAAGGGGCACAAACUAUCAGGGAGCUGUACGGGUUUUUACUCUAUUUUUCACAUUAAGGAAAUAUAACAGACAUGACCCAAAAUUCCAAAACACUACAUCUAAUAAGAAAACCAUUUCAUCUCGUUUCUGUAUUAAUGAAUACUCAUUUAUAUCCUGCUUUCUAUUUUCUUUUUUCUUAUUAUGUUGACACAGACAUAGUUCAUCCUAUUUUCCGCCUCUCUAAUAAUUAAGCAAUACCAUUUAAUUAUUUUUAAAUAUACCUAAAUAGAAAACCUCAUCUUGUCACCUAGUGAGCAAACUAGUGGAUCACUACAUGCUCUGCGUAAUCUUAUUAAGAUCCAUGAUUCAUUUACUGCCAGAUGAUCAUUAUUUGAACGAGAAUUAGAAUAUACUUCUUGAAAAAAACAGAGCUACCAUCUCUAAUCAAUAAAGGUGAGAUAUUUGAAAAAUCAAUAAUAAAAGCUGCCGAUUUUGCUUAUCCAAGGACUUCGCUAAGAACCAUGAUGCCUUCUCUUUUGACUAUGCCAAGCACUGGUGAAGUUACCUGCUACUUUUAUUUUUUUGGAAAGCUGAAAAUUUGUUGGGACACAUUACUAUGAAGGAACCCACAGAUAUCCAUGGUUUUGAGGAAACUGCAUUCAAUUGGUUUCAUCUUGACAACUAACUAAACUCCUUAUUUCUAGGCAUUAAGAAUAGAUGCUGCUUGCAUGCAUAGAGAUUAUACUUAAGAACAGAGAACUUGCUGAGUUGCCCUGCGUCCAUGGAUUCCAAAUUUUCAGAUACUGCUUCCACAUACCUGACGACUACCCACCAGCUUUAGCGGCUCCUCUGCUAUGUGCUGGAAUCACCGUGUACAAUCCCAUGGUUCGCCACAAGAUGAACCAGCCAGGAAAGUCUCUUGGAGUCAUCGGGCUCGGGGGCCUAGGUCAUCUCGCUGUUAAGUUUGGAAAAGCUUUCGGUUUGAAGGUCACUGUUCUCAGCACCUCUCUCUCUAAAAAGGAUGAGUCCCUGAGUCUCCUCGGAGCGGACAGAUUUGUGGUGUCAUCCGAUAAGGAACAGAUGAAGGUGAUGUUUAUCGCAUCCAUGUUUCUCACUCUCAGAGCAUAAAAUUUUACCAUUUCAUAGUGUUAUACUUUUCUUUUUCAGAGAAACCCAAAAAAAAAAAAAACCAAUUUUGACUUGAUUUCAGAAUUUUUACUAUUUUUCAUCAGAAACAGGACAUGGGCAAAUAUAAUUUUUCCACUUUUAGAGUUCAUGAUUUCAUAAUGUUAGUCUAUUUUUUUGUCCGAGAAAAAUCUGAGCACUUCAAGUGAUUUGUCAAAACGAAAAUGGCCUCGCUUUCUGGUGCCAGGCUCUUGAGAACUCACUGGACUUCAUUAUCGACACCGCCUCUGGAGACCACCCUUUCGACCCCUACAUGUCCCUCCUGAAGGUCCACGGCGUCUUCGUCCUGGUCGGCUUCCCAAGCGAAAUAAAACUAAGUCCCAUAAGCCUCAACCUCGGUACUCCUCCCCCCCUCGGUCCCCUUCCCCCAUUAGAAGAACCUGUGAGGCCAAUCUUUACUCUUCUUGUGGGCACGCGGCUGUUGCAGGGGGGAGAACCAUCACCGGGAGCAUAACAGGGGGAGUUCCAGUGACCAAGGAGAUGAUUGACUUCUGCGCCGCCAACAAAAUCUACCCGAAUGUGGAAAUCAUUGGGAUUGAAAGCAUCAAUGAGGCCCUCCAGAGGGUCGUUGACAAGGAUGUGAAGUACCGCUUUGUGAUCGACAUUGAGAGCUCCCUGAAGAAGCCAUGA